AUGAAUAAAUUACUCGCUUUAUUGCUCGUAGCUUUAUUGGUUUGCCAAGCAACUGCUUUCUCUUUCAGACUCUCUGAUAGCGGUGAAGACAGUGGUGAAGACAAAGGUGAAGAUCAAGGUGAAUUCUCUGGAAGCUGGUAUGAACAAGUAAACACUGAUCAAGGUGAAGCUGUUGACUAAGGUGAAUACCACGGAAAUUACUUCUUCUACGACAACGGUGAAAUUAACAUUACUGCUUUCUACCAAAAGAGCAGCUACAAUCGUGAAGACCAUGGUGAAUACAUUUAUGACUCUGAUAAACUCUAUGACAAUGGUGAGUUAUUACACGUUGGUCAAGCUGGUCAUCUUUCCAAAGAAUAAGUUUCUAACCUCGUCUUAAAGAGACUCAGAAAUAAGUCAAACUGA